AUGAGCGAAUUAAUCAAAGCUGAUCUCGAACAUGUGGAGAAGAAUGAAGAAGAGUCUACCGACAAAAUUGCCAUUGAGAUUGAUGCCGGUGUUUAUUACGAGAUCAAUGAGACCCAAAUCGAUGAGGAUAUCGUCACGCUGGAGCAAGAGUUGGUGAGAAGCGGCAAGAAGCCAUAUCUUUUAGGCCGAUUCAUCCAGAAUCCAAGCGUGUUUAUCUGGAUUUUGGCACUGCUUGCCAGUACCUCGGGUUUCUUGUUUGGGGUUGAUCAAUCACUUAUCUCCGGGGCGUCAAUUUAUCUUCCAGCAGAUUUGAAUCUUAGCGAUUCGGAGAUGUCUAUGGUCGUGGGGUUUACUCCAUUAGGGGCCAUUUUUGGUGCGUUGCUUAUUAUGCCCGUCAAUGAAGCAAUUGGGAGGAAAUACACAAUCGUUUGCUCGGCACUUUUGUUCACAGCAGGUGCGAUUCUCGAAGCUGCGGCAAAGUCGUUUGGUGUCUUGUUGGCCGGCCGAAUUAUUCUUGGGUCCGCCUUAGGGUUGGUGUCAGGUACUGUGCCCGCCUAUGUUGCCGAGAAUUGUGCAAUCAAAUGGAGAGGCGGGUUGGUUACUCUAUACCAAUGCAUGGUAGCAUUUGGAGUGAUGUGUGGAUAUGUCACUGCUGCUAUCUUCGAUGGAGUCAAGGGCAACUGGAGAUAUAUGCUGGGCAGUUCAGUGGUGUAUUCGACAAUUCUAUUCUUUGGCAUGCUACUGAUGCCUGAAAGUUCCCGGUGGUUGAUGCAGAAAGGCAGGAAACUGGAUGCCUAUCUAGUGUGGAAGACCGCCCGAGGAUUUGAGACGCUUGAUGAACGCAAGGAGUUCUUCAUUAUGGAAAGAGUCAUCCUUUACGAAAAGGACAUGGCAAAGGGACGAUGGGUCGCUCUGGAUCUGUUUACGCGUCCUCGAUGCCUUCGAGCAAUGGCCAUUGCAGUCAGCUACCAGUUUUUGGGUCAACAGUUAUCAGGAAUCAACUCGAUUGAAUACUACCAAGCAACUUUGAUGGAAGCCACUGGGCUGAGUCCUCAGGAUGCGGUAUAUUCGAGUCUGAUUGGCGGCGGUGCAAUGUUUCUCUCGACAAUACCCGUCAUUUUCUUGAUAGAUCGACUGGGUCGACGAACAAUGGCUCUCACAUUCAUCCCUGGAGUCUGUGUAGGAUUGUUUAUCACCGGAUUUUCAUUCAUGGCAACUAGCUUGGGUACACGGAUGGGCGUUUACCUUACCGGUAUGAUUUUGUUUACAGCCUUCUGGUCUCUUGCUGUCGGAGCCGGGCCUUGGGUUGUUGCCAGUGAGGUAUAUCCUUCUUAUCUGCGAAGCUAUGGAGUCAGUAUAGCGGCGUUGAGUGACUGGCUUGGAACAUUCAUCACGACUUAUCCGUUCCAACAGAUGUCGGUGGCCAUGACGCCGACAGGAGUAUUUGCCGGAUUCUACUGUGGAUUAACAGUCCUGAUUGGCUUGAUUCUAUUGCUGUUCAUGCCUGAAACAAAGAACCUAUCACUCGAGGCAAUCAACCAGGUGUUUGAGAUGCCUGCAUUGGGGAUCAUGAGAAUGAACAUGAAUAACCUUAAGGUGACUUGGAAUGACUUGAUGCACUUCAGGUUCAAGAAGGUUUGGGCAUAUCAGUAG